AAGACUGUUUCUGACGUCGGGAGGCUCCUCCUGGAAAAUCAUGUGGUGAAGUUCAUCUUCUGAGUAUUAUUUGUAGUUCUUUACGUUUUUCCACGCCGUAAGGUUUUAAGACAGGUUCAGGGACGUAGUGACUCUUCUCACGGCUGUAUAUAAACUUAGAAGCUAACUAUGGAGCUCUGCUGGAUAUUGUCGGACUCCAUCUCCACACUGGAAGCCGGACUGCAACCGUUUUUCCCCUCCAGCAGCUAACGUCUGCUUUUAUCAUUCUUCCGGUUUUUUUCCCCUCAUCGAUGACUCAAAUAUCAGGAAGCUUCCUCUCGGGUGUUUAGUUAUAAAUCUGUAGUUACCUGCAACCAGCCUUAUCCCACCCAGAACAUGAUGUUUGGGAUCAAGUUGUGACGGUUUGAGUGGGAAUUGAACCGGUUUGGAUCAACAAUGAGGUCUCUGGCUCCCGGGAUCCGACUGAUCACCUCCUUCUCUCGAGACAGCUGGUAUCGUGGCUUUAUUCUCUUCCUCACAUUCCUCUUCUACACAGCCUACCACCUCUCUAGGAAGCCAAUCAGCAUUGUUAAGAGUGAACUGCAUAAAAACUGUUCAUUCAUCAUUCGACCAACGUACCUCAACAUAACUGAUAAUGAUACCUGGUGUGAGUGGGCGCCUUUUGAUCAGGGCAACUAUCAGACCCUCUUUGGUGUCCUGGAUAACUCCUUCCUCAUCGCCUAUGCCAUUGGCAUGUUCUUCAGUGGGAUCUUUGGAGAGCGCCUUCCUCUGCGGUACUACCUGAGCUUCGGGAUGGUGAUGAGCGGAUUGUUUACUUGUCUGUUCGGCCUCGGCUACUAUUGGAACAUCCACUCUUUAGGGUACUACGCCUUCGUCCAGGUGAUGAACGGGCUCAUGCAGACUACCGGUUGGCCCGCUGUGGUGGCUUGUGUCGGCAACUGGUUCGGAAAAGGGAAGCGUGGGUUCAUCAUGGGCGUCUGGAACUCCCACACCUCAGUGGGAAAUAUCCUAGGUUCCCUCAUUGCUGGGGUUUUCGUCUCCUCACAGUGGGGGAUGUCCUUCAUUGUCCCAGGACUUAUCAUCACUGCCGCUGGGAUCCUCUGCUUCUGUUUCCUGGUUGAAAAACCUGAAGAUGUGAACUGCUCUUCUCCUCAGCACAAUAUCAUUCUGGAGGACGGUGAGACCGAGUCUCUUCUGCAAAACGGGAACGGAAGCAUCAAUGGCACCGUCUCCAUGGAGACUCCGAAGAUCAGACAGGAACACUCUGAGGCCAUAAGCUUCUAUGGGGCUCUUUGUAUACCUGGAGUGGUGGAGUUUUCUCUCUGCCUCAUGUUUGCCAAACUGGUCAGCUACACCUUCCUUUACUGGCUUCCUCUCUACAUUUCUAAUGUUGCACAUUUUCAAGCAAAAGAAGCAGGAGACAUGUCAACGUUAUUUGAUGUAGGAGGGAUCCUUGGAGGCAUCAUGGCCGGCCUGGUGUCUGACUUCACUGGGGGAAGAGCAUCAACCUGCUGUGUCAUGCUGAUUGCUGCUGCACCUAUGCUUUUCGUCUAUAAUUACAUGGGACAAAAGAGCCUAGGGAUCACAAUUGGUAUGCUGCUGCUGUGUGGAGGCCUGGUGAACGGACCAUACGCCCUGAUCACCACAGCUGUAUCUGCUGAUCUGGGAACACACGAGAGUCUGAGAGGAAACUCCAGAGCUUUAUCCACUGUUACUGCAAUCAUUGACGGCACUGGAUCAAUAGGUGCAGCGUUGGGUCCUUUGUUGGCUGGUUUGAUCUCACCCACUGGCUGGAACAAUGUUUUCUACAUGCUCAUCUCUGCUGACAUCUUAGCCUGCCUGUUUUUGACCCGACUUGUCUUUAAGGAAAUCAAAGACUGGUGUGGACAGAUUCCCUGAGCCACAGGGUUUAACAUUUUUUUUAUCUCACAAUCAAAACAAACUGUCACAGCAGUAUAACUAAAACAGACCUCUUCUCACUGUAUAGCCAAAGAAAGCAAAGCCAGAAGAUUCAAGUUACUGAGCUGAUGAUUGAAGGUUUCUUUUUGGAAAACAACAAAGGAAAUGUCACUUUGCAGAAACAAAUUUUAAUCACAUUAUUCUAAGUUGUCUUAAUGUACUUUUAUUGUUUGUCUUAAUCUUGUUUUUGAUUUGUUGUCUCUUCACAAGUAAUUCCUUGGGAAAUUUGGUAAACUCUGAGAUGAAUCAGAUGUGCUGUAAAAAUGCUGCUUAUGAUCAGUGUAUAAAACAGUCUAAUAAAUAAGGUUAAGAAAUCA